UUGUGGGCGACACUCCUCUUGCAGCUGGCUGAGCGACACGCCUCCCGCAGCCUCAUGCAACAGCGACCCUAAGCAGCGCACCGUUUUGAACGGUUUCUUUCCUUCAUGCGACCGAAGAAGGCCCGUUUAACGGGAGAUUUCGACGAUGAGUAGCUUCAUGAAUAUGGCGUGUAUUGGAGACUUUGACCCAUUCACCGCUGCCAUUCCCGCCACCAGAGUUGAGCUCACGGUGUCGUGUAGAAAUCUCCUGGACAGAGACACAUUCUCCAAAUCAGACCCAAUUUGUGUGCUGUAUACACAAGGAAUCGCCAACAGGGAAUGGAGAGAGUUUAGUCGGACAGAGAUGAUAAACAACACCCUGAAUCCAGACUUUGUCCGAAAAUUCAUCCUGGACUAUUUCUUUGAAGAGAGACAGAAUCUACGAUUUGACCUGUACGACCUCGACUCGAAGAGCGACAACCUCUCUAAACAUGACUUCCUGGGCCAGGCAUUCUGUACCCUGGGGGAGGUGGUGGGCUCCAUGGGAAGCUGCAUGGAAAAACCUCUCAUUGGGAUUCCAGGGAAGAAGUGUGGUACCAUCAAAGUGAGAGCAGAGGAGCUGAGCAAUUGCAGGGAGUCAGUGAUGCUGCAAUUCUGUGGGAACAAGUUGGACAAGAAAGACUUCUUUGGGAAAUCGGAUCCUUUUCUGGUCUUCUACCGUAGUAACGAAGACGGAUCAUUUACUAUCUGCCAUAAGACAGAGGUAGUGAAGAACACUCUGGACCCAGUGUGGCAGGCGUUCAAGAUCCCCGUCAAGGCCCUGUGCAACGGAGACUAUGACAGGAGCAUAAAAGUGGAGGUGUAUGAUUGGGACCGAGAUGGAGGCCAUGACUUCAUUGGGGAAUUCAAUACCAGCUACAGAGAGAUGUCAAGAGGCCAGUCACAGUUUCACAGCUACGAGGUGGUAAAUCCAAAGAAGAAAGGCAAGAAGAAGAAGAAAUACCUCAACUCAGGAACAGUAACCCUUCUGUCCUGCCUGGUGGACAUGGAGCUCACCUUCCUGGAUUACAUUAAAGGAGGGACUCAGAUUAGUUUCACAGUGGCAAUUGAUUUCACAGCAUCAAAUGGCAACCCCUCCCAGCCCACCUCUCUACACUACAUGAGUCCAUACCAGCUGAAUGCCUAUGCCAUGGCUCUGAGAGCUGUAGGGGAGAUUAUCCAGGACUACGACAGUGACAAGAUGUUCCCUGCACUGGGCUUCGGAGCCAAACUGCCCCCAGACGGACGGGUCUCGCACGAGUUCGCUCUGAAUGGGAACCCCCAGAAUCCAUACUGCAGUGGGAUAGAGGGGGUGAUGGAGGCUUACUACCAAAGCCUCAAGUCUGUUCGCCUCUAUGGACCCACACAUUUCUCCCCUGUCAUUAACCACGUGGCCAGGUAUGCACAAUCAGUCAAAGACGGCUCCCAGUACUUCAUCCUCCUUAUCAUCUCGGACGGCGUCAUCACCGACAUGGCCCAGACCAAGGAGUCCAUCGUAAACGCAGCUACUUUGCCCAUGUCAAUUAUAAUUGUCGGUGUUGGACCAGCAGAAUUUAAUGAAAUGAUUGAGCUUGAUGGAGAUGAAGAGAGGAUCUCAUCCCAAGGGAGGUUCGCUGAGAGAGACAUUGUUCAGUUUGUUCCGUUCCGUGACUACAUCGACCGCAGGGGGAACCACAUUCUGAGUAUGGCCCGUCUGGCCAAGGAGGUCCUAGCUGAGAUCCCUGACCAGUUCCUCUCCUACAUGAGAACCAGGUGCAUCAAACCAGGCCCCUGCCCCCCUGCCUACAACGCCGCCCCCGCCGUGCACCCCCUCCUCACCCGACGGGUCAGCCGAAUCUGAGGGGUAAGCCUCCCCCGGGCCUCUUCCUUUCUUGCUUCUUCUUCCUCACUGGAGUUUGACGAUGGUGGUCCGAAGAAGCCAACCACCAUUUCCACUCUCUUGUUGCACUUUUGUGAAUUCUGAAUUCCUAUCUGCAGAAAGGACAGCAAGGCGUUUUGCUUCUAUUUAAAGUGUCCCUCAGGAAGGACUUCCCAUGAGAUGUCAGAGGCCACAGUUUACUCGUCUGACCCAGGAAAUGGGUGAGUGCCUAGAACUGACCAACCAGGAGCAGCAUCCAAUCUGUGAAGAACUGUUCAGAAGUACAUUUCUGUCUCUUAUUUCUAUGCCCUACUCUUCCUCUCAAGCCCGCUUCUGUCUCACCAACGGUCUCUUUCUAAAUGUUUACAAAAGUUGAGGAUGAAGAGGAGGAUUUGUACUCGUGGAUAUACAGUUGAAGUUGGAAGUUUACAUACACUAGGUUGGAGUCAUUAAAACUUGUU